AUGGAACUGCAGAAUGACGACGGGCGCAGGAAGACUAGGAGGAGCAGUCCUCCAAGCCAGAAUCCUGAGCUGUCGGAGGAGAUCAUCGUUGAGGAGAUCCUGGUUCGGGCUGCCUCCUGCCUGUCAAGUCCCUGGUGCGGUUCAAGUCUGUCUGCAAGGCCUGGCGCGCCACCAUCUCGGAUCCCGUCUUCAUCCGCGCGCACCUCCGCCACUCUGCAAUCAAACGGGAGCAGGACCCGGGAGUCCCGGCUGAGCACCUUCUCCAACCAAUUCCGCUUCUACCAGUGGCAUCAUCUGCAAGGCAAUGGCGGCGGCACUGCCUCCUCCAAACAGACAGCGACGCUCAUCUACACCAAUGACCUUAGCGGCGGCGAAGUUAUUAGCCAGCUAGGUUACUUGGCGUUUUGUGAUGGUCUGGUGCUCGUUUGCACCGACACCAAGCUCUACCUCUUCAACCCGGCCACCAGGGACGCCUCACGCUGCCGGACAAUAAGCGCAACAAUUUGGCGCGAGAAUCAGGCUGCAAUUCUGUAG